UCUCGUCUGGUUGAGCUAGGGCAGCGCAAAAGACUCCUACGUACCAUGGCAACCGCCGCCGCGGCCGCGGUUGUUAUGGUGACUCUUUUGCUUCUGCUUCUGCUUCUGUCGCUGAUUGCGAGAGCCGUGUGCGCGACGCUCUCGUUUUACUUGCUAACUCCGAGACGGAUCAAGAAAAUAAUGGAGAGGCAAGGAGUGCGUGGGCCGGAGCCGCGGUUUCUUGUCGGCAACCUCGGCGACGUGUCUUCUCUCGUUUCCGAAUCUGCCGCCGAGGACAUGGAGUCCAUACGCCACGACAUCGUGGAUCGCCUCUUGCCUCAUUACGUCAGAUGGACUAAACAAUACGGGAAGAGAUUCAUGUAUUGGAACGGGGUCGAGCCUCGCCUGUGCUUAACCGAGACCGACCUCGUCAAGGAGUUGCUUUCCAAGUACAGCACUCAAACUGGUAAAUCAUGGCUGCAGCAACAAGGAUCGAAGCAUUUCAUCGGGAGAGGGCUUUUGAUGGCUAACGGGGACGAUUGGAUACAUCAGCGCCGCAUCGUCGCUCCUGCGUUCAUGGGAGACAAACUCAAGAGUUAUGCUGGGUUCAUGGUCGAGUGCACUAACCAGAUGCUACAAUCAUUGCAAAAUGCCAUAGACUCGGGUCAAACCGAGGUCGAGAUCUACGAGUACAUGACUAAGCUUACAUCCGACAUCAUUUCAAGGGCCGAAUUCGGGAGCAGCUACGAGAAGGGGACGCGAAUAUUCCAUCUGCUGACGGUUUUGCAGCAUCGCUGUGCUCAAGCGAGCCGACAUUUGUGUCUCCCAGGAAGCCGGUUCUUUCCCACCAAAUACAAUAAGGAGAUCAAAACAUCGAAGGCGGAGGUGGAGAAGCUCCUGACGGAGAUAAUCGAAAGCAGAAAAGUCUCUGCCGAGGUUGGUCGGAGCUGUACAUACGGCGACGAUUUACUCGGCAUGCUGUUGAACGAGAUCGAGACGGCGGCAAGGAAAAAGAGUGCUUAUAGUCCUAGCAUGCAAGUGAUUAUGGACGAGUGCAAGACGUUCUUCUUUGCCGGGCACGAGACAGCCGCGCUUCUGCUCACAUGGACCGUCAUGCUGUUGGCAAGCAACCGGCCUUGGCAAGAUAAGGUCCGCGCCGAAGUGACUCGGGUGUGCAGCGGCGAAAACCCUUCAGUCCAUCAUCUUCCCAAACUCAGCUUGCUAAAUAUGGUUGUUAACGAAUCCUUAAGGCUCUAUCCACCGGCAUCGGUUCUUCCUCGCAUGGCCUUCGAAGACAUCAAGCUAGGCGACCUUCACGUGCCGAAGGGAUUAUCGAUCUGGAUCCCGGUGCUAGCGAUUCAUCACAGCGAAGAACUGUGGGGAAAAGAUGCCGACGAGUUCAAUCCCGAGCGGUUUGCAUCCAAACCAUUUCCAUCGGGUCGGUUCAUGCCAUUCGCGAUGGGGCCGCGGAAUUGUGUCGGCCAAUCUUUUGCUAUGAUGGAAGCCAAGAUCAUACUAGCGAUGCUGGUAUCGAGGUUUAGCUUCACCAUCUCGGAGAGUUAUCGUCAUGCUCCAAUCGUCGUCCUCACCAUAAAACCUAAGUACGGGGUUCAAAUAUGUUUGAAGCCCUUGAAUCUAUGUGAGAAUAAUUGUUUUGGCUAGAUUUGUUUCGUUUUCGUUUUUCGGCUCAUGUUUCAUUGAGAGCGGUAUGAUGAGUAAUGCUCCUCAUCAAGAUUGUUGGUGAUUUUGCACUUGUAACUACAGAUGGGAUUGAACUGGCUCUUAAGAGCAACAUCAAUAUCCUCAGGGGAAAUUU